GAAUGCGCAAAUUUUCACCAUUUGCAACGUGAAGCUUGAGAAAUAAGGUCCUAAUUAGUGUGAUAUUUUAUUAAAAGCAUUGAAGAGGAUAUAUAUAAUAUAUCAAAUAAAAAACUAUAAACACAAUUCGAAGGACCUAAGAUGAAUUCACAAAGCCAGCAAGGGUUUCCGCCUAAUACACCUGCUGCGAUUCCUAGUACAACUUUUGCUCAAAGAGCUAAAAAAAAUAGACCACAAACAAUAUCAUCUUCUGCUGUUUUUAGCAUUUUGAUAUCGGGCGGAAUGAACAUGGCUUUCAAUUUUGAUCUUCUAAUCGCGCUUUUUGUAACCACACCUCAUAUACGCUACUGUUGGUUUAUUGGUGGCAUAAUUGGUGCCAUAGUGGGAGCAGUAUUGUGUAAUAGAAUUCCAAAGAAAAUAACACUUAUUAUUUCAGCUUCUUUGGUUAUGGUUGGAGGCAUAAUUCUCCUGAUACGCUCAUUGGAUUUCGAUGCAAUUAUAGCGGCACGAUAUAUUGAUGGCAUUGCUACUGGUUUAACUUUUGUACCAGGAAUUGUAUUGAUUAGUGAAGAAGCAGUGUCUUAUAUGCGUGGCAAGUUUGUAGUUCUCAUCGACUCACUCUCCUUCACAUUUGGUAUUUGGAUUCAAAUUUUGAUACGUACAUCGUACAAUGAUUAUUUCGCUCAAUCAUUCAAUAUCAUAAAAAUGCAGGGUGUGCUUAGUAUUAUUUGUGGCGUCUGCGCUUUCGUGUCUAUAUACUUUCUAAUAGAAUCUCCAGUGUUGCAAGUUGUUCAAAAUAAAGAAGAAGAUGCACUUAAAGGAUUAACAAAUUUACAACGUCCAUCCAUACGAACGCAAGAAACGUAUGCCUUACUUGAAGAGCAUAAACGUUAUGUAGCGUAUAAUAAUGAAAUGCCAAUACAAGAGAGCUUCAUAAAAGGAUUGCCUGCCUUAUUAAAGUUAUGUAUUUUACGUGCCUUGGGUGCUCUAACUUUUUCAUAUUUGACCAAUGCAGCAUUUUUUUUUGGCUCAUCGAUUAAUCAGUUCACUACAUCCAAUACCAUUUUAGUACUUCCUUUCCAACUCUUCUGCCAUUUACGUUUACUAGGCACGUUAAUUGGUUAUUUUACUGUGGACUCUAUUGGACGAAAACUGCCAAUGUUGGUUGGCGUCUUAAUAUGUGGUGGAUUGGCUGUAGGUGUAGCGAUAAAUUUCUCCGACGAAAUGAAUAUAUUGGAUGAGUCUAAAAUGAAAGUUAUUUCGUAUUUACUUUACGUUUUUCAAUUCUUUGCUGGUUUGAUCAUCACCUCUUCUUCAGCUUAUUUGAGUGAAGCAUUUCCAUUGGCAGCAAAACCAUAUAAUAUCUCUGUAACUUUCAUAUUUGAGAUGGUGGUACAUUGUAUCAUUGCUGCUACCGCGAUAUCGUUCCCAGUCUUCUUCGCGUACUUCAUAGCCACAGUAGUUUUAUAUUUCGCAUUCGUCAUUUUUGGAUUCCUAUGUUUACCGGAAACGAAAAAUGCUACGCUAUUGGAGGCACAGCAACAAUUUGAAAAAUUCUUGGUAAUUCGACGCUCAUAAAUUUUUGUAAAGACUUUAUUUAUCUAUUCAUAUGAAAUUUGUAUGAACUAAUCAUAUAACUGCAAUAUAACAAUACCAAACGAAUAAAAGAUAUAAAAUUAAACUCUGAA